CCUUUUAAGCUUUUGUCUUUGUGAAUACAUUUCUGGGUUUUCAUUGAAAUUUUGGUUUCUUUUCUUUUAUGGGGAUCUGAUUUAUGGGUUUUGCUUGCUUUUAUUGUAGCUUUAAUGGGUCAAUCUCAAUUUUCUAUCUUUACUUCAAGAAUUUUAGUAUUUUGUUUCCUUUGGAAUCAAAGUUUGAUUCUUGAUGCUUGAAUUUGGUUAAUUUUGAUGCUUUUUCUUUAUGCUAAAAUGUAGAUUUGAUUGAGUUUUUGACUCAGAUCUGUUGAUUUAGUUCAUUAUAGUUACUCCAUAGCUGUCGUUUUCAUGAUUACCAUUGUUUCAGUUCAGGGUAAAGGAGCAUUAUUUACAUGCUUUUUAGUGCUUUUUCAUGGAUCAAUCCUUUUCAUUGCUUGGUUGUCAAUCAACUGGUUACAACUUUAGGCAGUUAGCAUCAUUUAGCAUUGUCGUUUUCUUUUUUUUUUUUUUUCUUAUCCUUUCUUUUUAAUUAUGUAAUCUAUGAGUCUUUUUCUAUAGGUUUUGACUGUUGACAUGGAUCUGAAUUGUUCGAUAAGUUUAGAGCUUAGUUUUGAACUUUAUUGUUGAACCUUCUGCAAUACCAUGUUUUGAGCCGAUGGUUUGAUUAGUUACCUGCGGUGUUUCUUUCUUACAAGGUUUGAAGUGAUUUGUGUUAUUCAAUUUAUUGAAUAGAGCUUGAUGGUGGCAACAAAACAGAUUAAUUUUGAAUAGAAAUUUUGACGUGUUUUGACAAUUGAGUGCUCAAGUAAAAACACUUUGUGAAGAAUCAUAUUACUAAAGAAGGAUGAGGGGAAGAUCUGAUGGAGGCCAAAAGAAACGUUUAAUCUCCUCUGUCUGUGUUGUGGCAGUCUUUCUUGGUUUUCUCUAUGUAUAUUAUGGAUCUAUUUUUGGGUCUUCAAACCGUGGUGCUGCAGCUCUAGAAUAUGGCAGCAGAUCUUUGAGAAAACUCGGAUCAUCUUAUUUGGGUGGAGAUGAUGACGCUGAUGGCAAGCAAUAUGAAUCUUCAUUAAAAUUUGGACAGGAGGAAGGAGAAGAAGAUGUCAUAUCAGAAACUUUCCCUGUUUGUGACGAUCGUCAUUCAGAAUUAAUUCCCUGCUUAGACAGAAAUUUGAUAUACCAAAUGAGAUUAAAGCUGGACUUGUCUGUGAUGGAGCACUAUGAACGUCACUGCCCCCCUCCUGAAAGGAGAUACAAUUGCUUGAUUCCUCCUCCUCCAGGAUACAAGAUCCCAAUUAAGUGGCCUCAAAGCAGAGAUGAAGUAUGGAAGGCAAACAUUCCCCAUACUCACCUUGCACAUGAGAAGUCUGACCAGAACUGGAUGGUUGUAAAAGGUGAAAAGAUAGUAUUUCCAGGGGGAGGCACCCAUUUUCACUAUGGAGCUGACAAGUAUAUUGCUUCAAUUGCAAAUAUGCUCAACUUUUCACACAACAAUCUAAAUAAUGAAGGAAGAAUUCGAACAGUUCUUGAUGUUGGCUGUGGUGUCGCAAGUUUUGGAGCGUAUCUUCUUUCUUCUGAUAUUAUAGCAAUAUCAUUAGCACCCAAUGAUGUGCAUCAAAACCAAAUCCAAUUUGCUCUGGAAAGAGGAAUUCCUGCAUAUCUUGGUGUUCUAGGGACCAAAAGGCUCCCUUACCCAAGCAGAUCAUUUGAACUUGCUCACUGUUCUCGCUGUAGGAUUGAUUGGCUUCAGAGGGAUGGGAUUCUUCUUCUUGAGCUAGAUCGGUUACUUAGACCUGGGGGCUAUUUUGCCUACUCAUCUCCAGAAGCUUAUGCACAAGACGAAGAGGAUCUCAGAAUAUGGAGAGAGAUGAGUGCCCUUGUGGGACGUAUGUGUUGGAGAAUAGCUGCAAAGAGGAAUCAAACUGUCAUUUGGCAAAAACCUUUAACAAAUGAUUGUUAUAUGGAAAGAAAACCUGGUACAAAUCCCCCCCUCUGCCACUCUGAUGAUGAUCCAGAUGCUGUUUGGGGUGUGCCAAUGGAAGUUUGCAUCACUCCUUAUUCUGACCAUGACCAGAAAGCCAAGGGUAGUGGUUUGGCUCCUUGGCCAGCCAGAUUGACAUCUCCUCCUCCCAGGCUUGCUGAUUUUGGUUAUUCAAGUGAAAUGUUUGAAAAAGACACGGAAACUUGGCGCCGGUGGGUAGAGAGUUAUUGGAACCUCUUGAGUCCAAAGAUUGAGGCUGAUACUUUGAGAAAUUUGAUGGAUAUGAAAGCAAACAUGGGUUCGUUUGCAGCUGCUCUAAAAGGAAAGAAUGUUUGGGUGAUGAAUGUCGUCCCAGAGGAUGGACCAAACACACUUAAGUUGAUAUAUGACAGAGGUCUGAUUGGCACUACUCAUAACUGGUGUGAGGCCUUUUCCACAUAUCCUCGAACAUACGAUUUACUUCAUGCUUGGACUGUAUUUUCUGAUAUUGAGAAGAAAGGCUGCAGUGCUGAGGAUUUGUUACUUGAGAUGGAUCGCAUUCUCAGGCCCAGUGGUUUCAUAAUUAUUCACGACAAACCACCAGUGAUAGAUUUCAUAAGGAAGUAUUUGUCAGCUUUGCACUGGGAAGCAGUAGCAACAGCUGAUUCCAGUUCAGAUUCAGCUCAUGAAGGGGAUGACAUUGUGUUUAUCGUCCAAAAGAAGUUGUGGCUGACACGCGAAAGCCUCAAGAAUUCUGAAUAGAAUAUGUCAGCCUCACAAUAUCCCCUCUCCCUAUAUCUCCCGCAGCUCCAAGGGAUUAAGAAGCUCUCCCACUUCCUGAUAUGCAGUAAGCAAUUUCAUUUUGUAGCAUUAAGCAAUAGUUCACAUUAUUUUUUUACCCCUUUUUUCUCAUAAUGAAUUACUUGACAAGCCAUAAACUGGUCACUAUCUAUAGGCUAUUCUUCAAUUUUUUUUCCCUCUAUUUUGGUUUUGUCCGAAGUUACUUCAGCUAAUGACAAAUAAUCAAAUACAUAAACUAUGUAAUGCUGAAGUGCAUAAACAUUGUGGCUUUCAACUUGCCAAGCUUUUCCAUGAAUGAAUAUUCUUUUUUAUACAUUCUCUUCACUUUUUCUUGUCUCUUUAUUCUUGGGGCAAAUUCUGAAAAGU